AUGACCACGCCAUCCCAACCCAUCUACCUCGCCGUGUGCCAAAAGCACACGCAAUCAACCACUGCGGAGACGCUCGAGGCGCUGACGGAGCAGUGCCGCAAGGCCUCGAAGGCAGAUCCCUCGCCGGAUUUGAUUCUCUUCCCCGAGGCCUACAUUGGUGGUUACCCGCGAGGCGCCACGUUCGGUGCUGCCGUGGGAGGCCGUACAGCUGAAGGCAGAGAGCAGUAUCUCAACUACUACAAGGAUGCCGUUGACCUAGGGGAUACACCCGAGGGAGCUGGAGAAAAGUGGGUGAAGAGGGAAUUGGAGGGGCAGGAGGAAGGGAGUUCGGGCAGAGUGCGACGGGGCGACGGGACGCGAGAGAAGCUUGAGCAGGUGGCAAAGGAGACGGGGAUCUUCAUUGUUACGGGUUUGGUUGAGCGGUCUGGCGGUACGCUGUACUGUGCCGUUGUCUAUGUUUGUCCCAAGUUGGGAGUGAUUGGCAAGAGGCGAAAGGUGAUGCCAACUGGAAGCGAGCGCCUGAUCUGGGGUCAGGGACAGCCAUCCUCGCUCCGUGCUGUCACGACGGACAUCAAGGGUGUGCAUAUCACGCUCGCGGCCGCAAUCUGCUGGGAGAACUACAUGCCGCUAUUGCGCCAUUCCCUCUACAGUCAGAAUGUCAACCUCUAUCUGGCGCCGACAGCGGACGCGCGUGAGACUUGGUCAGCCCUCAUGACAACUGUAGCUUGUGAGGGUAGGUGCUACGUCUUGAGUGCGAACCAAUGCUUGAAGAAACAGAACCAGCCAGCCUGGAUUUACGGAGAGAAGUCCGAAAGCCAAGACUUUGUGUCGCGAGGCGGUUCGUGCGUUGUAUCCCCGCUAGGCGAGAUGCUCAAAGGGCCUCUGUGGGAGGAUGACGAUGGCAUGAUGAUGGUCGCAGCCGACUUUGAUGAUUGCCUGAGAGGCAGACUGGACCUGGACGUUGCUGGAAGUUACUCGAGAAACGAUUCGUUCAAGCUGAGCGUUACGGGACUCGACAUUAGCCCCCCACUUUGA